AUGUCGCAACAACCGUUUCAGGCCUGGCAGAGCCAACAAGGGAACUAUUAUCGAGAAGAAUCUGUGCAACAACAGCAUCCCGCAUCCACGACCUAUCAACCAAUGCCGCAAGAAUACAUAGAAGGCUCUAAUCAGUAUUUGUUAUAUCAAGAUCUGACUAACUCGCAAAACAGAUUGCAAGCAGGACCGCAGUCUCGACAAGACCAAUCGUCGCUCAGUCUUUCACAAUUACCCAUUGGUUCGAUUCAACAGCAGAACGGCGCUCUGUUCCCGCAGCGAAACCCACCUACGCAUCGGCAACAACGUCAACAACGGUGGUUGUCGCAGUACCCGUAUUCGAGACAGCUUGAAGUACAAACACCAAAGCAAUCUGAACAUCAAUUGGACCGACAAAACUCGGUUCAAGACAUGGUUGGAGUUUUUCCGAUCGAGCUAUCGGAUUAUGCCCAAUUACAGGUCUAUCCAACGGAGAUUAUUCAACGUCCGUCUCCGACACAAGCAAGCAAUCAGCAAGUACCUCAACAAAGCGUUGAUCAAUCGGGGAAUGAUGGGAAUUUAUGA